AUGGCCGAGAUGGAGGCCCACUGCACCAAGUCGUCAGGAGACAAGGGCUGUCAUCGGUCCCCUCUUGGCGGGGUUUUGGGCCCCAGUGGACUCGGAGCUGAAGUGGCCGCUCCCGAGAGCGCGAAAUCCCAUCACAUCUCUUCGGCCAACUUGGCCUGUGUCGAGGCUAGAUUGAAGGGUCAUUGUGUGCCUGUCGGCCGGUGA